AUGGAUUUGAGCAAAGGAUACUAUCAAGUUCGCAUAGCCGAGGGAGAUGAGCCAAAGACGACUUGUGUGACCCAUUAUGGAGCCUUUGAGUGGUUGGUGAUGCCUUUUGGCUUAACUAAUGCACUCGCAACUUUCUGCACAUUGAUGAACAAGUUGUUCCACCCGUUUUUGGAUCAGUUUGUAGUCAUCUAUCUUGAUGACAUUGUGAUUUAUAGCAGCUGUAUGGAGGAACAUCUUGAACACCUCCGCAAAGUUUUCCAAAUUCUAAGGGAAAACGACUUGUUCGUGAAGAGGGAGAAGUGUUCUUUUGCCCAGUCCCAAGUGCAAUUUUUGGGGCAUACGAUCAGUCAAGGACAGAUUCGGAUGGAUAGCAACAAG